AUGGCAGAUGAAAGUACUCUUAAAUCAAAUGUAUUUACAGAUGAAGGAAGAUUAGUCCAAACUGAAUUUGCUAUAAAAAAUGUUGCAAAGGCUGGUACAAUAAUGGGGAUGCAAUGCACAGAUGGUGUUGUACUUAUUGGUCUUAAUUCCGGUAAUACUGUACAAAAUGAAAAGAUAUACAAAUUAAAUGACAACACCUUUUGUGCAAUAGCGGGUUUGUUUGGUGAUGCAAAUAGACUAAUUAAAUAUGCAAGAAAGGUAUCAUGUGAACAGAAAAGACGUUAUAAUGAAACAUUAAAGACAUCAGUAGUUUGUAAGUUUGUAGCUUGGAAAAAACAAUAUUAUACACAGAAUGUUGGUACAAGACCUUUUGGUGUAUCAAUUCUUUACGCUGGAUCAGAUGAAACGGGUUACAAAUUAUACGCAACAGAUCCAAGUGGUACUAUUAAUUUGUGGAGAGCUGUUUCAAUAGGACAAGAUAGUGAUGGUAUUAAUUCAAAUUUAAACAACUUUAUAUCUGAUGAGUUAGUUAGUAUGGACGAAGCUAUAACACUUCUUCUAAAAGUAUAUUCUAAAGUAAAAGAACCAACAAUUGAAUUAGCUGAUAAACUUGAAAUUUUAAAAUUUUCUAAUGAAAAAAAAGAGUAUCUAACUAAAGACAUGGUUGUCCAAAUACUACGAGAUAAUGAACUUGUAACUGUUUAA